UUGUUUUAUAAUGUGGGCUACACUGGCAAGCUGUUCCCAAAGAAACACACGCUUACCUGUGAAUACACAAUACUGCGGAUGAGUUUGAUUCAUUAAAUCUACAAGGGAAUCAUUUUGGUCCUAUUAGGAACAGCCUUACGAUAAGCAGCACGUCCUGCCCAUGAAUCCAUCAGUGGUGUCUCUACAUAAUAAAGAUAAGUCCAGUGUUUUCUUCCAGUCCAUUCUUUGAUACUUAUAGACGCUUGUUUCUGGCUCAUUAUCCCCUUGGAGGAGGUUUGACCUGUGAUGGAGAUAAAGACAGAGCACUGACACUAGGGUCUAGAAUGAAAUUAAACAUGAUAUAUUUCAAUACAUAUUCUUACCUUAUUGUAUUUACUAAUUUAUUGAUAAUAAGUGAUCACUGAAAGUAUUUUUUUUAUCAGUAAGCAGUCAGCUGGAAGAGCUCAAGCUUCAGUCCUGUUUAUCACUUCAAAACGUAGGCCAAAGGUCCUGUGGGGCCUACACCAUUAUGUAACAUUUCCUGGUCGAGCCUGUUUUUUCGUGGUCUCCUCCAUUCCUCGCCCGCAUGUGAGGGGAUCGACACAGAUUUUUCAGAGGGCUGUUUGAAACAUCUUCAUUAUGAUUUUUCAAGCUAUUUUUGAUUACUUGGACUUAUCUGUUUGGCUCCUGUUUGGUUUUGCAUUGUUGCUUUUGACUGAUGUGAUUAGAAACUGGAGGCCUCACAACCUUCCACCUGGACCAUGGGCACUGCCUUUUGUAGGAAAUGUCUUCACCGGAGUUGACUUCAAAACAAUGGAGAAGCUGGCUCAGGAGUAUGGGCCAGUGUUUAGCUUGAGGAGAGGCAGCGAGAGGAUGGUGUUUAUUUCAGGACACAAGAUGGUCAAAGAGGCACUCGUCAUCCAGCUGGACAGCUUCGUGGAUCGACCCGUCGUUCCUCUCUUCCAUGUUGUCUUCAAAGGCCUCGGCAUCGCACUGAGCAAUGGUUACUUGUGGAAAAAGCAGAGGAAGUUUGCCAACACUCACCUGCGUCACUUCGGAGAGGGCCGGAAGUCCCUGGAGAAAUAUAUUGAAGUGGAAAGCAACUGUCUCUGUGAAGCGUUCAAAGAGGAACAAGGAAGACCCUUCAACCCCCAGUACACCCUGAUCACUGCAGUCGGUAACAUCAUCUCCUCUGUGGUGUUCGGGCAUCGCUUCGAAUACAGUGACGAAAGCUUUCGCAGGGUUCUGGAGCUGGACAAUGAGGCCAUUCUGCUCGCUGGUUCUCCUCAGACUCAGCUGUAUGAUGCCUUCCCUGGCUUGUUCAAGUACCUGCCAGGGCCUCACCAGAAAGUCCACGCCAACUACGCACAGAUCACAGAGUUCCUGAGGAAGGAAGUAGAGAAGCACCAGGAGGAGUGGAACGCUGAAGACCCUCGAGAUUAUAUAGACGUAUACCUGUCUGGGAUUGAGAAGAAUAAAGAUGAUCCUCAGGCUGGCUUCAACAUUGAAACCCUGCUGAUUUGCACGCUUGACCUGAUCGAGGCCGGGACGGAAACAGCCGCCACCACUUUACGCUGGGCGCUCGUAUACAUGAUAAACUACCCAGAGAUACAGAAGAAAGUCCAAGAAGAGAUAGACAGGGUUAUAGGACAGUCUCGUCAGCCAACUAUGGCUGACAGACCCAACCUGCCCUACACUGACGCCGCCAUCCACGAGACUCAAAGGAUGGGAAACAUUGUUCCGAUGGGAUUUCCCAAAAUGGCGAGUAAAGACGCCACACUGGGAGGAUACUUUAUACCCAAGGGCACAGGUAUAACUACACUGCUAUCAUCUGUGCUGUUUGAUAAGAAUGAGUGGGAGACUCCAGACAGCUUCAAUCCCGACCAUUUCUUGGAUGCAGAGGGUCAGUUCCACAGGAGAGACGCCUUCUUGCCAUUCUCAGCAGGUAAACGUGUGUGUUUAGGGGAGCCCCUGGCCAGAAUGGAACUGUUCCUGUUCUUUACGUCCCUCCUCCAACGCUUCACCUUCUCUCCUGUUCCUGGAGAAAUGCCCAGCUUAGAGGGUGUGCUGGGCUUUACCCAUUCCCCAGACGAGUUCAGGAUGCUCGCCACACCCCGUUGAUGGCUCUCCAUCUCUCCAGCUUCCAUCAUCCCAUCCAAAAGAAACAUCAAUUAGCAGAACAUCCACAGUUCUCUUGCGGCAACAAAAUCAAAGAUUUGUGUUUGCAUAAUUGUGUAAACACAUCAAAGGUCCGUCAUCUUAAGUGAAACAAUAAGACAAUGAUUGUACAUCGAAACUUGUAAUUGUAAAAUACUGAGAAUGACUUGACUCCCGUGUGUACAUAAAAAGUAAAGUAACCAUAAUGAUAAAAUU